AUGUUAUUAUUAUAUUAUUCUUGUUUAUUGGUGCUCACUUUACAAACGAUCAGCACUCCAGUUGAAGUACGACUGAAAGCAAACACGGGAGUACGUCUUCUCCAUCACUCUUCUGCCCUUAUAACCUCAAAUAACCUUUCGUUUAUCGCCACCGUUCCCGAUCUACCUCUGUCGUUCUCCAUAGUUGGAGUACCUCAUCACGGUGUCAUCGAAUGCAGUCCAAAUGACGGGCACUUUACCGUUUGCAGCACUUUUACGCAAGAACAGGUGAGCGGUUGUUUUUCUCUUCGAUGCCUGGGAAAAUUGACACCUUUUUCUGCAGUAGAAUCUGGCGGUUUCGUCUCAAUGAUUUACAAUUUUCGACUAAUGUUCAUACCGAUGAAUGUUAAGGUGUUUAAUCGUGAAGUAUUCAUGCUAAAUGGUACCGAAAGUGGUACGUUGAGCAGGUCGAAUCUUUUCGCGUGGACGUUCCCGAAAAGCUAUCCUCCUGAAAAACUGAUUUACCACAUAGAAGAACCGCCCAAAUACGGUAUUCUCUCACGAAGAAUCAACGGUAAAAGUCGUAGAAUUGGAGUGUCAUCGAAUUUCACACAAGCGGAUAUCGACAACGAGCUGAUUUCGUUUAAGCUACAUUUCAUGCAAUAUUCAAUUAUUAACGAUUUUUUUCUCUUUCGUGUAAUUACGCCUGCUAUUUCAUCCGAGUCUCUUCGAUUCGAGGUGGGAUCCGAUUCCCUUUCGCUUGCUACACCGGAUGAUUCGUUCUUCGUCUUCACAUUGACUUUCGCUCCCAUCAAUGGAUCGCUGGUUCUUCGAACGAGAGCUGGUAACAAAACUCUUACAUCUGUACCAGUCAUUUUCUGGAGAGGAGCUACCAGAUGUGAUUUCAGGCUACUGUACUCGCAUUCGGGAUCUGAAUCGAGAACGGAUCGGCUUCAUCUGAUCGCCGAGUCAGCGUUUCGCAAAGGAAGACGCAUUCCGUUUUGGAUGUCAUUCUCCAUUAUUCCGGUAAACGAUAAUCGACCUCACCUUCGCGGUAGUCACAUUAUUCAGAUAGUAGAAAGAGGUGAACGUAUCCUUUAUCCUUAUCUCCUGGACUGGGUCGAUGACGAUUCUGAUGGUGUUCCCCUACAAUUCAACUUCUAUCAGCCAAUUAAGGUUAGCUAA